AUGUGUCUUCAAUCAAAACAAACAAGAAGUGAUGUUCCGUGGGUUUCGCCAACAUCAGAAACAUCUUUUCACGAUGGCAAAUACGAUGAAAUUUAUGCAAAUCGUCAUAAAAUAGCGCUUCGACACAAGAAGCGGAUAAUCUACAUGUGCGCUUUAUUCGUCCUUUUGUUUCUUGGAUUUAUUCUAUACAAAUUUCGACGACGAAAUGAGAAAAAAGCUGCAGAGACAAGGAGACAAAGCGUCGUUGAAGAAUUUAAUCAGGUUCGAAUUAGGCGACAAUCGAUGAUGAGUACGCGGACUUCAUCCUAUGGUGAUGAUUUUGAGAAGACAAAUUUUUCAAGCAGGAAUCGAUUCCACGCUACUGCAUUUUGA